AUGUGGGAUUAUCUCGGCGCGACGCGGUGGAGUUGCGGGGAGCAGAUUGUUUCAACCCACAGAUGGGAAGUCGCAACUGGCCGUGAGAGAGGGGGAAAAGACCUGUUGACUCUACAACGAGCGAGAGUAGCGGUAAACCUCUUGAUCAGACAAGUAUUUGGUUUUGGUGGUGGGGGACUAUGUGAACAAAGGGUGUGGCGAGUCUCGUGGCUGCUGUCCAGGGAGGUUAGUACCCCGAGGUCCACACUUGGCUCUGAUGAGCUCAGCUCAGCUCAGUUCGCUUCACCGCGGUACAAUAUUCUUCUUGCAGGCGUCAACGCAGGCGUCAAUCCGAGGUGUUGUUGCGUAAACAAGAGUAGCGGUGUCCCAUGCCAACCACACUCACAGAAAGCCAACCUCGUCGGCAGUAUUACUCGGGUGAGGCCUUGGGCACGGCCUGUUUACACUCCGUUGUCAUGGAUGGGCUGGCAUGCGUGCCGGUGGGAGAAGAUGACAGGGGCUUUGCGGGGAGCUCCUGCUCGACAACAACAACACCAUCGCCACACUUCGUAUCUGCAUGAUAUCAUUCCCGCACUCAAUUGGAGAAAAACUAUCCCAUGCAUUGGAUCUCGAAUGGCCACCAAUGCCUGGGGUUGCACGAGCAACUUGCUGGAGAACUGGUGGUGUGGAGGGGGAAGCUUGGUUUCGGCUUUCCGCGCUGUUGCCGCCUCGAUUCGUUCACAGCGAAACAGCUCACCAAGCUCGCCCACGGGUUGCAUUAUGCCUUUACAUGACUUGGGCAUGUUCGUGACUUCCUUCACUUCUUAUAUCUGCUAUUUCUUUCGCAAAGACGACGCUCAACACAGAUCUCCAUACCCGCUUCAAAAUUCCAGAGAAGGAAAGGGGAAACUACAGGGACUUGAAUGCUCGAAGAAAGAGUUGGGAGAAUACAUUCUUGCAAAAUACUGCUCUCUUUAG